AUGCUGCUGUGGGGUCGCAACAGUGUGAGACGAAAUCACGCUACUGCAAUUCGCGAUUUCGAUUCGCGAAUCGCAGCAGAGGAUUUCGGGCAUAAAGAUAAACUAGGGUUUAGAGUUGACCUUGAGAGGAACACACAGGAGGAUGAGGAUCAAGUUGCUUUGAAGCUUCAGUCACAGGUAAUGGUCGCCUUGCCUUCACUGCAAGAUAUUGUUCAAAUUGAAUUAAGGGAGAGCCGCAAAACUGGCAAGAGCAAUUCGGAAGGUGGGGUGAUUGAUUGUAGGGGUCAUUUGGCUAAUGGGAUGGGAUGA